AAGGGACAAUGUCUUCUGAAGUUAAACCAAAAAAAGGUUUAUUUAAAAAAGAUGAAAAGGCAAAACAUAAAAAAGGUAAAAAGCCAAAAAACAGACCAGGGGAAGCAGAUGUGUAUGAAAAUUCAGAAGAUAUUGCAAUGUCAACAAAUGUAGACAACGUGUACUCAAAUGCUGCACAAAAAGGCCAGAAUAAACAGAAGGAGCGAGGAUAUAAGAAUAAAGACGGACUUCUGUAUGUUGAAGUUAACUUUGAUGGUAAACAAGGACAGGAUAAUCCAAUAAUUCAUGGAGAAGACGAGAAAACGGAUUAUGCUACCGUGGAGUUUCCAAUGCCAUCUGCAUUGCACAAAGCGUCUGGUAGUGAGGAAUUGUAAAACGAGAAACAAAUGUCAAUGAAUGAAUAAUGUUAUAAUAUUCCAACAAACGAAGUGUGUCUUUUUAUUACUUUUUUUUAUUCUAUUUUUUUUUUUGUUCUUUUAAUUUUAUUUAAGGACGACAAACCUGAUUUGCUUUAUGGCUAUAUAUUGCGCACCUAAAAGGAGUGGUUGUUAUGAACACAAUGAAUUCUUAUCAUUACGUCAAACACUAAAACAGCAUUAAAUAUUAAAAAAAUAAGGAAACAACGUGUAUAUAGAUUUUCAAAGUCAUCAGUGCACACUGUUUUUGCUGCAUGUAGUAGCUUAUUUGUGCUUUAAUAUUGAAAUCUUUUAUCUGAUGCAAUUGUAGAAAUGCUUGAAGUGGUCGGUCGUCCUUAAUUAAGAAAAUGCACUAUAUCUAUCAUUAUUUUAUCGUGAACUUCAGUCUUAUGCUUUAUGAUUGUUGCAUUAUUUAGACAUUUCCCCCUCUGGUGAAAACCAUUUUGUGUAGAGUAUAAUUUUUAUUCCAAUCAGGUUUUUUUAAUGAAAACUGAAAGGAGAUUUUAUUUUGUUUUAAGGUUUGCCGGAUGGUGUUUGUCUUCGAAAGUUUUUUGUCAAAAUGACCUAUUCUUGAAAACUCAAAAACAUAUUUCUUGUCCUUUUUUUAAAUUUGUAUUUCAAAGUUGAAUAACACAUCAUCACAAAAUGGCUGAACUCUGAUCGAAACGACAUUUCGUUUUAUUAAAAGAAUUUUAUCGACGGCAACACGUAACUCACUCCAUAGCCGAGUUGAUAAAGUUUCGGGCGUGUGAUCCGUACAUCCCGAGUUCGAAUCCAACAGGGUUUUUUGUUGUUACUUAUUAAAUUAAACUUUUUAGAUUUUCAUUUUUAUCUUCAGACUGCAAAUUUUUCGCUUAUUUGACGUAUGUACAGUUUAUUUAUCAUUAUAUCUUUCAUAAUCAAAUACUUUACUGUUAAUUUUAGUGACUUUUUCCAUGUGUGUUAUUUAACCUUCUUGUAUCGCUUAUCUUUUGAAGUCAUAAGAAAUGGAAACUUGAAACUUGUGCCAAAAUCUGUAAGAUCGCUUAAAACAUACUGCACUCUUUUAUUACAAAAAAUAUUUAAAAUCGCAUGUUAUAAGAUAUUGUCUCACCACGACAUAGAAAGGUAACAUAAAAUAAAAACGCAAAGGUCAUUUUUAAAACAUGUAUUAUUACAUUAUUAUAUUUUAUGGUGUUUAAGAAGAACUUUAUGAUUGAUUUCAAAGAGAUGUAAAGUCAUUUUAAAAAGCAUUCUUGCUUCUGGACACUGUAAUUGAAAUGUUGCCGGUAUUUUACAAAUUAUAUUUAGUGCCAUCCCUUUAUAAACAUAGUACAAAAAAACUAGACACUUUUUCACAAUGUUUUCAGUUUAUAUCGAAAAUAAAUCGUACACCCCCAAUGUUUAUAAUGAUAAUUAGAUUCUCAGUGUAUGUCUUUAUUCUUCUUGCAAAGUUUCCGAUACAUGCUAUUUGCUAGAAAUUUACGUGAAAUAACAAGAACCUAAAAGGCUAAGUGAUACCAGGGAAAUCGUCGGUUAAAGCAACCGAAACAUUGUUCUGCGAUUUCCCUCAAAUCGAGAAAAAAUACGAGCGAUGUUGAUAAAACAGCAUCUUGCAAUUGAUUUUUUU